GCGAAUGCGAAUGCGGAGAGAGUCAGUUCGUCAGUGUUUUUCCGAUUUCUGAGUGCGGCUGCAGCACAGCAGGAAAAGUCGUGUGACAUUUUGCCAAAACGAAAUUUAUGUGCAACGAAAUGCAAGAGCUGCAAAUAAACCAAAGUAUGGCGCUCAAGUAAAACACAACACAACACAAAACAUUCCACACAAAAACCCGGCACAACUCGACAACAGCGAAAAACAGCUAGAGGGGCGGCAGAGGACUCCACACAUAUUGUUGUUGUUGUUGCCGUUGUUUUCGGCAACUUACCAAGGAGGCCCUCCCACCACACGACACCACACCACACCACACAGUAGCCUAGAUUCCAAGAUGACGGAGCAAAAGAAUCAAGUGACACGUGCGGCGCCCGAGCAGAGCAACGACUAUCGAGUGGUGGUCUUUGGUGCCGGUGGCGUUGGCAAAAGUUCCCUUGUGCUGCGCUUCAUCAAGGGCACAUUCCGCGAGAGCUAUAUUCCCACCAUCGAGGACACUUACCGACAGGUGAUCAGCUGCAAUAAGAACAUUUGCACAUUGCAAAUUACGGAUACGACGGGUUCACAUCAGUUCCCCGCCAUGCAGCGUUUGUCCAUCUCCAAGGGUCACGCCUUCAUUCUCGUCUAUUCGGUGUGCUCCAAACAGAGCCUCGAGGAAUUGCGACCCAUUUGGGCGCUAAUCAAAGAGCUGAAGGGUGAUGUGAACUCGAUACCCGUGAUGCUGGUGGGCAAUAAAUGCGAUGAGAGCACCGAGCUGCGGGAGGUGUCGCAAAUUGAGGGGCAAGCGCAGGCCACCACUUGGAGCAUAUCAUUCAUGGAGACGUCGGCCAAGACCAAUCACAAUGUCACCGAGCUGUUUCAGGAGCUGCUCAACAUGGAGAAGACGCGCACCGUCUCGCUGCAGUUGGAUACGAAAAAGCAAAAGAAGCAGAAAAAGGAGAAGAAAUGCAAGGAGACAAAUGGUGCCAUACCGGAGAAUGGAGAGGCGGGCGCCAGUGGAGCUGGUGGCGUCAAGGAGAAGUGCGGCGUUAUGUAAAAUGUAAAAUGUUCAAGCAAAACAUGCAUAACACAUGCAUGUAUUAUAUUUGAGGUGACAGACAAAUACUCGCAUUGGGGACAGUUGGCAGUACUCGAGAACUCAUCCCAUAAACACACACAAACACACACAUUACAACCACAUAUGCAUAUAACAUAGACAUAUACAUAUAUUAUAUAUACCACUUUGGGACUGAUGUUAUCAGAGAACACAACCUGCAUACCAAACAAAAAAAACCAAAAACAAACAAAAAACAGAAAUGAAAAUAUAUUAUUAAUUAUAGAUGAAUAAUAGGACAAGCAUUACAAGUAUAUUUUGCAUACAUAGAUUUUAUCCCUAACAUCUUUUAGAAGAUGAUCAACAUAACUUCUCCCUCCCCACCCCCCCACACCCAAAUCGCACCCACAUGCAAAUCAUAUGAAUAACAAUUUGAAUUUUGAUUUUUGGGAAAAAACAAUGAAAUGAAAAGAAAUCGAAAAGAAAAGAAAAAAACUAUUACAUCUGAAACGUAACGGCAUACAUAUCAAAUACACAUAAACAUACUUUGCAUACAUCGCAUGACAUACUCGCACAUAAUAUAAGAUCAGCAUUAUACUGGAUAUGAUCAUAAUGAUAAUGAUAAUGAUAUAUGAAUAUCUCAAAUGAAAAGCCAAAGUACCUACAUAUUUAAACGUAAUAAGACAUACAAUUUUUAUCUAACUAACUAACAAUCUAUCUACUAAAUGAUAAACCAAAAACAAAAACGAAAAUACUAAAAACCAAUUACAAUGUGUAUUUACAUAAAACAAAAACCUUCAUUAACUUAAAACAGAAGACAAAUACAAAAGCAAACAAAAUACUUAAGACAAUUAUAUGGAGCAUUUGUACUGGGAACAGAACGGAAUCAAAUCGAACAGCAGAAUAGAGCAUUUCCGUUCCAUUCCGUUCUGUUCCGUUUGUUGGCAAAAAGUCUCCUCUCUGACUAUCAAUCAAUUGCUGUAUAACUAUUUACCACCAACAAAAUCUAUUGAAAACAAAUUGCUUUACUUUCGUCGCUUGAAAAAUGUAUAAAUAAUACUCAGAAUCAUAGCCAUCUAUCUAUAUAUAUAUGAGAUGAUCGAACGAAAAGAAAUACACAAAAACAAAAGACGCCUAAUUCAUUUCUUCAGAAUUGUUUACUUUCCACUUUCAAAGUUUAGUGCAUAAUGCAUUUUAUUGUAUGUAUAUUUGAAUAUGUAUUCAUUUACAAUUAUUUGCUGAAAUUUAUUAACACUUAAAGUAUAAUGCAGUUAUAAUAAAUUAGCUUUAGUCAAAGGUUCAAGCUUCGCGUGAGGAUCCAAUGUUUGCAUUUGGGAUCCUUACACUAGGCAAUAAGCACAAUUUUUUGCCGCUCAUUAAGAAAUUGUAGAGUUAGUUUUAAUAAACACAAAAUGAAAAAUCGAAAAAAAAAACAAACCAAAAAAUGAGGAAAACUAAACAUCGAAGUUAUCGAAGAAUGUGUGUGCGAAGAA